AUGAAGGAUCUUACAUUAUGCUUUAAAACACAUAAAAAUUGUAAUUCUGACCAUACUAAAUGGAUAAUAGUUAGUGAUAGCAGGAGUGUAUUAGAAAACCUUGCAAAUAAUCAAUUUCAUGCUAACACUAAUUAUGUCAUUUAUUUAAUAAAAGAACUAUGGGUCGAACUGUCCAAAUUAGAUAUAGUAGUUCGUUUUGUUUGGGUUCCUUCACAUAUUGGCGUCAUAGGAAAUGAAAGGGCAGAUUACCUGGCCAAAAAAUUGUUGAAGUAUGUGUCAAGCAUGGGGAGACAUUCAUAUCAAUACACACACCAUGAAAAUAAAGGAAACUGGUUUGCUAGUAUGGAUGUCCAAAUAAACUCCACUCCUUGGUUUUGCAAGAAAAAUAAUUUUAUCAAUAGAAAAUUUUAUUCAAUUAUUUGUCGUAUGCGUUUUGGUCAUUAUAGAUUAAAUUGUCAUCUUCAUCGUAUUAAAAUGGCUAUUUCUCCCUAUUGCGAAUAUUGUCAAUCACAAAAAAUUCAAUCACUACAUCACAUUUUCUUCGAAUGUUCAUCUUUCAACAUUCAGCGCCUUGUGUUGGCGGAUGAGCUUUUAAAAAUCUAUAAGAAGCCUAACCGGGUCCCGCAAUGUUUAAAAGAGUUGCUUAAGAAUGCCUCAACUUAUGUUUACUUGUAUAAAUUUAUAAAAGACACUGUAAAUGAUAUUUAGUUGUUUUUUGUUUGUUUCGUUGAAAUUUCUAUUACGUAGUAAUAUUGUAAAUAUUGUUAUUAAGUCUUACUUGUUAACUAUUUUACAGGAUAUUGGUUUCAGACAUAUAUUAUAAAAUGUAUUAUAAUCAGUUCUUUAACAGCUGAGUCUGACAGAUAAUAUCUGCCAUUGAUUAUAUUUGAACUUAGAGGAAGUACUUAC